AUGUUCAUCCCAAAUAAGAAAAAACCUAAAGGUUCAUCAGUAAGGCGACCCUCCGGCUCUCCCAGAUUGUUAGAGACGGAUAGUAAGUCUUUAAGAUCUGUAAAUGGAUCAAGAAGAAACAGUGGCUCCUCUCUUGUAUCAAGUUCAUCAGCCUCUAGCAACCUCAGCCACCUUGAAGAAGAUUCUUGGAUUCUUUGGGGAAGAAUUGUUAAUGAAUGGGAAGAUGUACGGAAAAAGAAGGAAAAGCAAGUUAAGGAACUUGUUCGUAAAGGGAUACCCCACCACUUCAGAGCAAUAGUUUGGCAACUUUUAUGCUGUGCACAAAGUAUGCCAAUUAAGGAUCAGUAUUCAGAACUCUUGAAAAUGACCUCACCGUGUGAAAAACUGAUCCGAAGAGACAUUGCUAGAACAUAUCCUGAACAUAAUUUUUUUAAAGAAAAAGAUAGCCUUGGACAGGAGGUUUUAUUUAAUGUAAUGAAGGCAUAUUCUUUAGUGGACCGUGAGGUUGGUUACUGUCAAGGAAGUGCUUUUAUCGUUGGGUUGUUGCUUAUGCAGAUGCCAGAAGAAGAAGCUUUCUGUGUAUUUGUUAAAUUAAUGCAAGAUUAUAGACUCCGUGAACUUUUUAAACCAAGUAUGGCAGAAUUGGGCCUUUGUAUGUACCAGUUUGAAUGCAUGAUACAGGAGCAUCUUCCAGAGCUUUUUGUGCACUUUCAGUCUCAAAGUUUUCAUACCUCAAUGUAUGCAUCAUCCUGGUUUCUGACUAUCUUUCUUACAACUUUUCCACUACCAAUUGCAACAAGGAUAUUUGAUAUCUUUAUGUCUGAGGGUUUAGAAAUAGUGUUUCGAGUAGGAUUAGCACUUCUUCAAAUGAAUCAGGCGGAACUAAUGCAGCUCGACAUGGAAGGGAUGUUACAGCAUUUUCAGAAAGUCAUUCCACAUCAGUUUGAUGGCGGUCCAGACAAAUUAAUCCAAGCAGCUUACCAAGUCAAAUACAACUCAAAAAAAAUGAAAAAGCUUGAAAAGGAAUACACUACAAUAAAAACUAAAGAAAUGGAAGAACAAGUUGAAAUUAAAAGGUUACGCACAGAAAAUAGACUUUUAAAACAGCGCAUUGAAACAUUAGAAAAACAUAAAUGCAGUUCCAACUACAAUGAAGAUUUUGUGCUACAGCUAGAGAAGGAAUUAGUCCAAGCCCGACUGAGUGAAGCAGAGUCUCAGUGUGCACUAAAGGAGAUGCAGGAUAAAGUCCUGGAUAUAGAGAAGAGGAACAGCUCCCUGCCAGAUGAGAAUAACAUUGCAAGGCUUCAGGAAGAACUCAUUGCUGUAAAACUGAGAGAAGCAGAAGCUAUUAUGGGUUUGAAAGAACUUAGACAGCAAGUCAAGGAUUUAGAGGAACAUUGGCAGCGCCACUUAGCUCGUACUACUGGGAGGUGGAAAGACCCACCUAAGAAAAAUGCUGUGAAUGAGUUACAAGAUGAACUGAUGACCAUUCGACUUAGAGAAGCUGAAACACAGGCAGAAAUAAGAGAAAUAAAACAAAGGAUGAUGGAAAUGGAAACACAGAACCAGAUCAAUAGUAACCAUCUUCGAAGAGCAGAACAAGAGGCGAUCAGUCUACAGGAGAAGGUGCAGUACCUUUCUGCACAGAAUAAAGGACUACUUACUCAAUUAAGUGAAGCAAAACGCAAACAAGCAGAGAUUGAAUGCAAGAACAAGGAAGAAGUAAUGGCUGUCAGACUCCGGGAAGCAGACAGCAUAGCUGCUGUGGCUGAGCUACAACAGCACAUUGCUGAGCUUGAAAUUCAGAAAGAAGAAGGAAAGCUUCAAGGACAACUUAACAAGUCUGAUUCUAACCAGUAUAUUAGGGAACUGAAAGAUCAGAUAGCAGAGCUGAAUCAUGAGCUCAGAUGCCUAAAAGGCCAGAGGGACUUUUCAGGCCAACCCCCUUUUGAUGGAAUCCACAUUGUCAACCAUUUAAUAGGAGAUGACGAAUCAUUCCAUUCCUCUGAUGAAGAUUUUAUAGAUAAUUCUUUACAGGAAGGCGGUGUUGUUUUUCCUUUGCACAGAAGAUCUGGCCCAAUGUCUUUGGACCCCACUGUAGCAGAUGGUAGUGAGAGCGAAACAGAAGACAGUGUGCUGGAAACCAGAGAGAGCAAUCGUGUGGCCCAGGUGGAGCAGCCCCCGAGAAAAAGAGAGUCGUACUCAACCGCUGUCUGACCAUCACUGUGACCUAGACUGUGGAUUUCUUUAAAGGAUCAGUUACAUAUAAUUAGGGAUUUGGGGAAAAUAUCUGUUCCAUAUGUACAUAUAUAUAUAUAUAUGCAUAUAUAUAUAUUUUAAAACCUUACCUGCCUUUUUAUCUUUGCCAAAUCUUUACCACAGGCUUACAUUGCCAUAAAGUAGAUUAGAAUAUGGUUAAAGGGUGAAAUAAGGUUCUAACAGUAUUACUGAAUAUUAAUGUGUCUUGUUUAGAAAAUGCAAUUGUAUCACUAUGUGGGAACCAUUUUGAAGUUCAGAACUAUGGAAAAUUGAAUUUCCUCAGACAAAAGUACUCUUGUGCAAUAGUUUAUGCUCAGUGAACAAUCAUAUAUUUAUGUUUCUCAAUUUGUCUUCAGAAUGGUUGUCUAUAAGCAUUUGACCAAGACAUACAUCUGAUUUACCUUGUGUUUUUGUGU